ACACGUUACUGCGGAAAGAAGGAUGAGCUCGUCGACGUCCAAGCAGAGUGAGCAGGAGCCUGCAGGGCUCUCUGACUCGUGGUGCCAGCCGCGGUUCCUGACCAUGCAGGCGUCUGCGCUGGUCCUUGCGCUCGGUCUGCUGUGCGGAGUGUUCAUUCUCAUGUGGAAGGCCUGGCUGGUGUACAACGUCGAUGCUAACGCAGUCGACUUCAAGGCCUCGCUCCUUGGCUACACCAUCGCCCACCCGAACAUCACCACCGAGGUCCGUGAGCUGUGGUCGGACUGCUGCUCGUUCCCCAUGUCGACCAACCCGAACACCUCGGCGUUGGACGACAUCAAGGGCGCCGGCCGCGCUGCCUUUGCCCUCAUCUUUAUCGCUGUCGUCUCGGGCGUGGCCUCGCUCGUCGGUGCCGCCUCGCUCGCCAUGCCGCCCGCCUACAAGUGCGACUGCGUCUCGGCCCGUGGCCGGUGCGAGAUGAUCACCAUGAUGAUCUUUGACCUCAUCACUUUCUUCUUUGGCUUCCUCGGCUUUAUCGUGUACUACGCCCAGACCUCAGACGCCCGCGACAAGAUCCUGUGCUUCAACAACGACCCCUGCAUCGGCAAGGCCUCGUACGGACAGGCCUUUGCCCUCGGCGCCUUUGCCGGCGCAUGCUCGCUCAUCGCCUUUGCCCUCCAUCUCUCGGCCUUCUGCUUCUGCUCCGCCGCCGCCGCAGACGCCGAGUACGAGUACGAGUACGCCGACGCCUCUAACGAGUCGGGCCUCUACGAAUAUGCCUACGAGACCUCGGACGACGAGGACGAGUACGCCAGCGAGUCGGAGUCCGCGUCGUCGUCGUCGUAACGACUACGCGAGUAAUACGUACCUCUCCCCUCCA